AUGGCCAGCAAGCCAGCUCAGAAACGAUUGACAAAGGAAUAUGUCGCGAUGCAGAAGGAGCCGCCCCCAUUUAUCUGGGCUGCCCCAGACGAGAAGAACAUCUUGAUCUGGAACUACAUUAUCCGGGGACCACCUGAUUCACCAUACGCUGGCGGAGAAUACCAUGGAGUGCUUCUCUUCCCUGCAGAAUACCCUUUCAAGCCUCCCGGAAUCAAGAUGUAUACGCCUUCAGGACGAUUCCAACCCGACAAGAAGAUCUGCUUCUCCAUGUCAGAUUUCCACCCAGGAUCCUGGAACCCAGCCUGGAGCGUUGCGACAAUUCUUACUGGCUUGCUAUCUUUCAUGCUUUCUGACGAAAUGACGACCGGCUCAGUAACAUCAUCAGAUGCGCACAAGAAGGCGUUUGCAGUUCGAAGUCAUGCCUGGAACUUGACACAAUCCAGGUUCCGAGACGCUUUCCCCGAGUACUGCACUCCUGAACCGAAGGAUUUACCGAACAUGGCGCAGAAGGAACGAGGGAAAGUCGAUCCUCCGCCGCCGACGCCAGCUACAAUAGCAUCCUCUUCGUCAUCUUCAUCAUCCGCUCCAACUGUCAACGCCGGUCCUUCACCGAUAGCGAAACCACCGGCUGGCAUCGCCGCACCAGCACCAGUGCCUGCACCGGCCAAUGCACGCCCCGCUAGAACGACCAGGGACGAGGUUGCUGCCCCGAACCGUGCGCCGAAUGCCAUGGGGUGGAUGACGAGCUUGAAGGAGGUCGUCUAUGAGAAGUGGCGGUGGUGUGCACUGAUAGCAUUUGCCGUCAUCCUAUCACGAUUCUCAACGGCGUAAUUCAGAUCGUACUACCACUUCCAACCGAGGGUCACAACCACUUCUCCCCCUUUCGCCUUGGGACCCUGCCUCCUCUCGCUCCUUGCGCGCAGUUGACAACUGUCCUUACUACCCUAGAUUCCCCUCUCUUUUGUUCCACCUGCCCUGGGGUCUUGUGUUAAUCAUACGUGGGUUAUCUUGUCCACCUGCCAUUAUCUUCUGAAUUCAAAGCCCGAGCAUCGAUGACGACGACAACCAUUGGCAUUCCUUUCUCUCCUCUCCUUAGUGACAUCACCCUCGUCACCGAUUCACACACCCCGCUCACCCGCACUCCUUGCAGACUUCGCUAAGUACUACACACAACCACUUCUAUUUAUCACCGGAUCUCAAGCCGUCCUUAUCUUCCAUUCUCUCGCUCUUUUAGUUCCUUCCUCUCCUGUUAGGCUCCUUACAGUGUUUGUACAUUAAUGUUCUUCCGGUUGAAGCUUUGACAUUCCUUGUUCUGUUGGGUUGAUGUAUAACAUCUUUUUUGGGGCCAUUUGUCCCUUUU